GUUGGCACGGGGUUCUUUGUCCACUGCGCAGCCCAGAGCCCACACCCCUCCUUCCUCCCUUUCCUGAAGCCACGUCCUUGAGGGUGCCGGGCAGCUCGGAGACACGGGGCUUUUCUCUGGUCCCAGAGUUGUGGGCGGAGGCAGUGACUGGAGCAGGGGUGGGCAGAACUGCGGGGUCAGGCCGGGCUUCAGGCCUGCGUUCUCCUCUGACCCACUCAGCUGCCUCUGUGGACUUUCCAUAGCAAGCCCCCUUGGCUUCCUCCUCCCCGCCCUCCCCUCUCCUCCCUUUUUCUUCCUGUGGCCUCCCCUUCCUCCUACCUCCUCCUCCUCCGGGGAUGGGGGGGGCCCGGUGGGGGAAGGAAUCCUGCAUCUGGUAUGGAGUAGGCGGGGGUCCUGGGAGGGGUCAGAGCCCAGGACGCCCCAGCUCUCGCCUGUGGGCUGGAAGGUCAGGACUCCGCCCCACCUGGCCAGUUUCGCCCCCUCGUGCCAGGCUCAGCAUGGGCCUGUUUUGCUUCACUGCAUACCUCUCGUUCCACAGCCCAGGCCAACUCAGCCAGGAGUGGGGAGGAGACACCUGAGGGGAGGCCAGAGAAGCCCAGUAGGGCUGUGGGACCAGGGAGGUGUGCAGCCAGCACUGAUGGCCCCCAGGGACAGAGCCCUGGGGAACUGGAGCAGGAGAUAAGAGUGUCCACCCUGGGACAGGUGCUCUGCACUGGCUCGGGAUGGGAACCCAGAGGCUGCUAAUCCAUCAUCAUUAAUGAAUAGAGUGGGUGACAGUCCCGAUAACUGGGAACAGGUUGCAGAGCUUAGCCACAGGAUCACGCUCCAGGCUCUUGGCAGCAGGACCAGCUCGAUGCUGAGUCAAAGAUCAACUUAGGAGGAAAUUCGAGUUUUGGGCGAGAGCGACUCCCUGGUGGCCUCACUCAGCCCUGCGGCACUCACAUCCAGGACAGUCCCGGGUGCUGAGCGCUGGUUAUGUGCAGGGGGCUUGACUCCCUGGUCCCAACGAGGUCUUAGUGUGUUGCCCAGGCUGGUCUUGAACUCCUGAGUUAAAGUAGUCCUCUCAGCCCAGCCUCCCAAAGUGCUAGGAUUACAGGCGAGAGCCACUGUGCCUGACCCCUGGUCCCAGUUCUCAGGAUAGCCCAUGCAGUAAGCAGUCGGGUCUGUCAUUGACAGAGCAGAAGCAGGCUCAGGGGACUAACACUCCCUGUCUGAGUUGCCUGGUGAAUGGAUUGUGGGGCCAAGUUCCAGUCCAGGCUGGAUGGAGCCCAGAGCUAUGGGUCUCCCAGCUUCCCGUCCCCUCAUUCCAGCUUCAUCUUCCUUAAGAGACUCACAUGCCCCAAACCCUCAGUCUGCGAGUAUCUUAGAUUGUUCUCAUGGUCCCUCCAUCCUUCUCCACUGAAGGCUGCUGUUCAUUCUCUCUGUCUCUGUCCCUUGUUGCUCUCACGUCUGUCUCUAUCAUCUUUUCACUCCUUGUCCCUCUUACUCCGUUCUCUGGCCCCCAAUGAAAGCUGAGUCAGACAGAUGCUUCCCCUCAGUUCCCAGUACCUCCCUUGGGGGCCCCUCGUUGGCUGUAUCGUCAGUGGCUCCAGGGUAAGUCUGCCCCCCCACCCUCGUGGGGCGGGGAGCCCGGGGCAGCCCAGAGGCUGGGGGGAGGGGGUGGACUUUUGGCCCGUUUCGGUUAUUCCCUCCAUCUCGUCAACAGCUGCCGCGCGCAGGCUUAGCUCAUUCCUCUGACCUGCCAGGAAGCAGAGAAACCCAGAGAGCGGGAGGGAGGCAGAAACCUGGAGGCAGAAAGUGGAGACGGACCUGAGCCCGAGGAAGACGCAGGCAGAGGCCGUGGCUGAUUCCACCCCAGCCUGCCCAGACAACUCUCCUUAGCCGCAGCCCCGUCCAGUUCCCUAGGGGUUCUGCCCCUCCCCCUCUCUGGGGCACCAGCCCCCCAGGGCCCUGCAUCCCACCAUGUCGAUGGCUGUGGAGACCUUUGGCUUCUUCAUGGCAGCUGUGGGGCUGCUGAUGCUGGGGGUGACUCUGCCAAACAGCUACUGGCGAGUGUCCACCGUGCACGGGAACGUCAUCACCACCAACACCAUCUUCGAGAACCUCUGGUUUAGCUGUGCCACCGACUCCCUGGGCGUCUACAACUGCUGGGAGUUCCCGUCCCUGCUGGCCCUCUCUGGGUAUAUUCAGGCCUGCCGGGCACUCAUGAUCACCGCCAUCCUCCUGGGCUUCCUCGGCCUCUUGCUGGGCAUAGCGGGCCUGCGCUGCACCAACAUUGGGGGCCUGGAGCUCUCCAGGAAAGCCAAGCUGGCGGCCACUGCAGGGGCCUUCCACAUUCUGGCCGGUAUCUGCGGGAUGGUGGCCAUCUCCUGGUACGCCUUCAACAUCACCCGGGACUUCUUCGACCCCUUGUAUCCCGGAACCAAGUACGAACUGGGCCCCGCACUCUACUUGGGCUGGAGCGCCUCCCUGAUCUCCAUCCUGGGUGGCCUCUGCCUCUGCUCCACCUGCUGCUGCGGCUCUCACGAGGACCCCGCCGCCAGCGCCCGGCUGCCCUACCAGGCUCCAGUGUCCGUGAUGCCCGUUGCCACCUCGGACCAAGAAGGCGACAGCAGCUUUGGCAAAUACGGCAGGAACGCCUACGUGUAGCAGCUCUGGCCCGUAGGCCCCACUGGCCUUCCCAGUGCCCCAAGGAGAGGGGUCCUGGCCUGGGCCCAUUCCCCUGUAGUAACCUCAGGGGCCGGCCACGCCCUGCUCCCGGAGCCCCGCCUUGGCCACGCCCCCGUGUCUUGCACUCCCGCGGCCCCGGCAGGUCAAGAACUGCUCUUGGGAAGUCGCAUAUCCCCCCCCCGAGACUGGAUCCCUCAUCUUCUGACCUUGGGUUCUGGGCUGUGAAGGGGACGGAGGUGUCCCCGCACGUUUGUAUUCUGUAUAAAUACAUGCAUUAAUAAAUGUAUAUUGUGACCGUUCA